GAGUUACCGGUAGCUACACUGCGUCAUCAUGAAGGUACUUGCAGUCAUCUCCCUCCUCUGUUUCGUGUCUCUAGGGUAUUGCCAGCAGGGUAAUUUGGUGGAGCUUGCGGAAAAGCUUGGCGCCAAGACUCUGGUAGCCCUUGUCAAGGAGGCUGGUCUUGCCGAAACCCUUUCGACCGGAGGUCCCUUCACUAUCUUCGGUCCCCCCGAUGAUGCUUUCACCAAGUUGCCACGCGUCAUUAUUAAUUACCUAAAGAAGAACAAGACAGCGCUACAGGAUGUCCUAAAAUAUCACGUGGUCAGUGGAAAGGUGUACUCCUCUCAGCUGUCCAACGAACUCCAGGCUGCCUCUUUGUUGCCUCCAGCCAAGAUUAGGAUCAACAUUUACCAGGGCGGCAAGGUGGUGACUGCCGAUGGCUCGCCAAUUGUGAAGGUUGACCAAAACGCCACAAACGGUGUGAUCCACGUAGUAGACCGUGUAAUGUUUCCCAUCCCGAUCGAGUCUAUGGUGGACAUGGUGAAGGCCGAUCGUCAGCUCAAAACCCUUCUCGCUGCCGUUACUGCCGCCGGUAUAGGUGGCGCUCUCGGUGCCGACGGUCUGACCCUCUUUGCUCCGACAGACAGAGCCUUCGCCAAGCUUCCAGCCGGCACACUGGACAACCUACUGAAGAACAAGACCGCUUUGACCGAGGUACUGACGUACCAUGUUGUCAAGGGAACAGCCUUCAGCGCAGGUCUGACUGACGGAGAGAAGGUCGCCACUCUGGAGGGCAAGGACAUCUCCAUCUCCCUGGAUAAUGGUAUGGUAAAGGUAGAUAACGCUAUGGUUAUCCGUCCUGAUGACGCCGUUACCAACGGAGUUAUCCACAUCAUCGACAGCGUCCUUCUUCCGCCACAGUACAGACGUCACUUCCGGCUCAAUAAUUGAACAUCACUCCAAUCAUAAAUACCAGCUACAUGUCAAUUUCAUGUGUAUAUUAAUCAUUGAUUUGUUAUUGUUGUAUUGAAUAAGGAAAAUAUAAAAAUAUUUCUUUUACAAAUG